UGGCCCGCGCGGCGGUUGAGGCGGGGCCAGCGGUGAGGCGGCCGCAGUCGGCGGACAGUCGGCGUCGGCGGUGGGCGGUUUGGAUCGCAGCGGCGAGCGCGGAGUGUGGCGGAGCCAUGCGGAGGAGCGACGUGGUGGCGGCUGAGGCCGUGUCAGUCCUGAACGGAGCCAUGGCGGCUCUGCGGGACAUCUGGGAGGAGAUCGGCAUCCCCGAGGAGAUGCGCUUGGAGCGUAUGGAGACUGUCAAGGGGCACAUCAAGGAAAUGUUGGACUUGAUGGUUGCAGAGGAGGAGAGUCUGAAGCAGCGUCUCUUGAAGAACAUUGCCCUGUUUCAGAAGGAGAUUGAUAGACUCUGCAUGGAGCUCCAGUUGGACCCCUUUGAGGGAGAGAAGGAAAAUACCAUUCUGCAGAUGGAUAAGAAUUUGCGCAACCGUAUGGACGUGUUGCUGCAGCAGAAAGCAGAGAGGAUGCGCGAGCUGAAAACGCUGCUAGAACAAGAUCAAGACUUGUGCGACCUCCUCUGCACAACCCCAUUCUGCAUUGAUGGCAAUGCCGUGCCCAGCCUGGACGACCUGGAUCGUUACAGGCAGCACUUGGCCUUCCUGAACGCUGAGAAGGAGCAAAGGCAAGAAGAGUUUGUCAGCAGUAAGCGGCAAAUCAUCCUCCUCAUGGAGGAGCUGGACCACACUCCAGACACCAGCUUUGAACAGGAGGUGGUGUGUGAAGACGAGGAAGCGUUCUGCUUGUCCAGGGACAAUAUUACUGCCCUCCAGGAUCUCCUGAAGCAGCUGGAAGCCCAGAGAUCGCAGAAUGAAGCUGUGUGCGAAGAGCUGCGCUCCAGGAUCAUUGCACUUUGGGACAGGCUGCAAGUUCCUGUGGAGGAGAGGGAGGCUUCAGCAGUGCACAUGGCUGGGUGCGGAGCCAAAACCAGGAAAGCUCUGCAGUUGGAAGUGGAGAGUCUGGAGGAGCUGAAGCUGCAGAACAUGAAAGCCAUGAUUCAGGCAAUCCGGGCAGAGAUGGCUGCGUACUGGGACAAAUGCUUCUACAGUCAGGAGCAGAGAGAAGGCUUCGCCCCCUAUAACGAUGAGAACUACACAGAGGCCCUGCUCGAGCUCCAUGAAGCUGAGGUGGGGAAGAUGAAGACCUACUACGAAACACACAAAGAUCUGUUUGAGGCCGUCCAGAAAUGGGAGGAGAACUGGAAGAUGUUCCUGGAGCUGGAGAGGAAAGCAACCGACCCCAGUCGCUUCACCAACCGUGGGGGGAAGCUGCUGAAAGAAGAGAAGCAGCGAGCAAAGCUGCAGAAGGUGCUUUCCAAGCUGCAGGCGGAGCUGGAAAGCCGGGUCCAGGCCUGGGAGCAGGAGCACGAGGGCAUGUUUCUGGUGAAGGGGCAGCAGGUGAUGGCAUAUGUGUCGGAGCAGUGGCAGCUGUACCACCUGGAGAAAGAGAAGGAGAAGCAGGAGCGGCAACUGAAGAAAAGGCGCCAGAUAGAGGCAGAGAUGUUGUAUGGAAGCACCCCGCGCACACCUAUCAAACGGCGGAUGCUCGGCACCACCACUCCUGGCAAAGCGAGGAAGCUCAAUGGCUCUUCCAUCGCCGGUGCCACUCCCAACAGCACCGUUGGUUCUGGUUUGGGGAAAUAAUCUACCACUCAGCGGUGACUCGCUUGCCACCUUCUGCAGUGAAGAAUCAGAACCGGGCCUCACAUCCUGGAGGGCUCCUGAAGCUUGAAGCUCCUCUGGCACCUCAGAGCGACAGGCAGUGAAGGAGCGGUUUGGGGCAGCGGUGCGGAACGUGGUGGCGGAGGUGACUGAGGACAAGGCGCUGCCGCGGGCUGAGCGCAAGCGGCUCCAGGUGGAGCAGGCGCCGGGCUGCAGCCCCCAGGCCAAGCUGGUGAAGCUGGCAGACGUGCUGGACAACCUGCGGGAUCUGAACCGCUGCACCCCGCAAGGUACAGCCCGCACCAGGGCCAGGGCUCCUGAAGCUUGAAACUGAAACUUGCCACCUUGUCUGUUUCUGGCUUGAUGAGGCGAUGUCACCUGCAGCAGAGCAGUCUUGCCCAGACCAGGCAGCUGCUUGCCACAGCCCACGAUCCUUGUUUUCCAGCCACUACCAUCCACUGCUCCAAAGAUGGAAGGUACUGAGGAGACUGGGAGCCUGCAACGGAGGCAGUUCACGCAGGCAGAGCCCGUCAGCGUGGGAAUAGAGGAGGUUUUCAACAUCCUGCCUCUGCAUGGUGUACUGCUGCCGGGUGAGAGCCAGCGGGUCAUGUUCACUUUCUUUGGCCACGCAAACAUCGUCGCC